ACCAAACCUUUUGGAUUUGGUUUCGUGCUUCUUGAGAUCCUCGCUCUAAUCGGAAUGUCCCACAUCUUUACAACAUCCGCCACUUGCAUCCGUAAAUUAUAGCCGUUGGGCUGGUCGGACUAACGGAGCCGGGGAAUCCCAAUGAAUGCGGGCCGUGAUUGCUGAAUGCCUGUUCCGUACAGUACAGUAUCUCAGUCAGGGUCGAAACGCUCAUCUUCUCUCCUGCUGGGAAUAGUCAGUCAGGCUCGUCAGGCUCGUCAGGCUUUCUCCUGAAAUGCCACAUUCCGUUUCUUAUCUAGAUAACUUAUUCCGAUGCUGGCGUCCCUUCGCGCUUUGCAGGUUGUGGUUCCCCUAGCGGGGCGCAGGCAGUCCCGCUCGCCACUACCACACUCGUUACAAUGCCCUCGCGAUACUUGCGUUCCUGGGUCCGUUAAUGUGAACCUCGCGAAACGGUCGACGUCCUUAGCGAAACCGGUAACGACACACGAUGUUGUCAAAACCACUCUUGUUUCGCCUGUUCGUGCUAGCAAGGAUCCGGCGACCGUCAGGGAUACCGGCGGCAAGCUGACGGAAAAGUUGUCGGACUCCAUACUUGGCCGGCAGACGGAAAACGUUCAUGACUUGUUCGUCUUUGGACGAGAGCUAGGAAGGGGUCAGUUCGGCGUGACAUACGUAUGCACGGAGAAGCGUACAGGUCUACAGUACGCGUGUAAGCUUAUAUCGAAGAAGCAGCUCAUAACGAGUGACGACGUGGAGGAUAUCAAGAGAGAAAUCGCAAUUCUUUACCUCUUGUCGGAUCAUCCGAAUGUGAUUAAUCUGAAAGGUUCUUAUGAAGACAAUUCCGCGGUGUAUAUAGUCAUGGAGCUCUGUACAGGAGGCGAGUUAUUCGAUCAGAUAAUAUCGAGGGGACACUAUAGCGAGCGCGCAGCAGCGAACGUCCUGCGUGUGAUUGUAUCGGUGGUGGGUACUGCCAUGCCAACUACGUGGUUCACAGGGACUUAAAGCCCGAGAACUUUCUUGUAGCGAGCGACGAGGAGGGAGCGCCUCUUAAAGCUGUUGACUUUGGUCUCUCUGUCUUCUAUCGUCCGGGCCAUCCGCUGCACACAGUAGCGGGCAGCGCGUUCUACAUGGCACCCGAGGUGAUUCGAGGCAGCUACGGCCCCGAGGCGGACAUGUGGAGCGUGGGGGUGAUGCUCUACAUCCUGCUCUCGGGCGUGCCACCCUUCUGGGCGGAGACAGAUGAGGGGAUAUUUGAGGAGAUUCUGUGGGGGCACGUGGACCAAUCAGAGGAGCCCUGGCCGCAGGUGUCACCUGAGGCGAAGCAGCUGGUGCAGAGUCUGCUGCAGCAGGAGGCAGGCAGACGACCCACAGCAGCGCAAGUCAUGGACCAUCCGUGGGUGCGGGAGGGAGGAGUGGCAGCAGACGUUCCCUUGGCACCAGCUGUGCUCACGAGAUUGAAGCACUUCUCAGCCAUGAACAGAAUGAAGCGCCUGGCGCUUAAACUCAUGGCCUCGCAUGUCUCUGAUGCGGAGGCGAUGGGGCUAAGAGAGAUGUUUAAAGCCAUGGAUGGGGAUGGCAGUGGGACGAUCUCAUUGGCUGAGCUCCGGGAUGGGCUUGAGAGGCUCGGAUCUGCCGUGCCUAAGGAGCAGCUUCGGCAAAUGAUGGCAGCGGCGGAUCUGGACAGCAGUGGCAGCAUUGACUAUAACGAGUUUGUGGCAGCCAACAUGCGAGUCAGCAGGGAGACACGGUUGGCUCACCUGCAGCAGGCUUUCGCACACUUUGACACUGACGGCAACGGAUUCGUUACAGGGGAUGAGCUGCGCAGUGCGCUGGAAAGUGAGGCUGGAAGUGCCGGGGUUGGUGAGGCGGAGAUAAAGAAGAUAUUUGCGGAUGUUGAUUCUGAUAAGAAUGGCAAGAUCGACUUCCCUGAGUUCUGUGGCAUGAUGGAGCAAGCAACCACCAAGAUGCAGCACACCACGAGAACCAAUCACGAGGGGGACUGUGCAACCGGGGUCGCUGGCCAACGCCGGUAUAACCAGGUUACCAGGGUUACCGAUCAACGGCAGGCAGGCAGGCGCAAGAAGCGAGCUCGCAACAAGCCUUAAAGAGCUCGCGAGUAGUAUUGAAGAGGGCGCAACAGGCCUUGAAGGUGGACAAUUGAUGCUAAGACAAGCCAUGCUCGUAGGAAGCUUUUACAUCUCCAGCUUUUGCUCUCUGCAAGUCAUUUAGUGAUUUUAUUUCAGGAGAAAAACGUAAGUACACUGAUAUGGUGGAACAUCUAUACACCAGCAAUCCCAACUUUCAACAGGAAACGUCAGUUCACCUCACCACC